AUGGAGUCCGCUCGGCUCAGCCGCCCAGCCGAGGAGCGAGGUAACAGCGUGACAGCGAGAGUCAGCUGGGUUGUGUUUGUGUGUUUCCGUGCCUGUGGUGGUGGUGGAUUGUGGGGCCCAGCGGACGGAAUGAUGUUGGGGUCUCAGUACGUGGCGGCUGAUGGUCCGGCGUGGGCUAGCCCACGAUCAUUAGGCUCACGAUUUGGUGUGCAGGCCGGUUUAUGCUUGCGGGACCCACCCCCGUUAUACCGUUCUGGGCCCACCUGGCCUGGCCCCACUCGCGCCCUUUUUUGCAAGAGAAGCUUACAAGUUGCCCUCUGA